CUCAUUUCAAAAGUGCUUAUCUUUUGUUAAAUGAUACAGUCAGUAUGAAUUUCUCAAAUGGAUCAGAAUCAAGUGGAUAUUAAGGUCUUAUUCUUUGCGAUUUCACGAGAACUUGCAGGGAUAAGUGAGUCACAUAUUAAAGUUAAGUCAAGAAUUACUUUUGAGGAGUUAAAACUUGAAAUUUGCAAUAAUUUUGGACUGGAAGUGAUAAAAAACAACAUUGUCUUAGCUGUCAAUCACGAAUACGUGGAAAGUGGUGACAUUGUAUUGAAAAAUAACGACGAACUUGCUGUGAUUCCUCCAUUGAGUGGUGGAUAAAGAUCCAGUAUGGAUUUCCUUAAACUUACUUUCGACAAAUUAGAUCCAACAGAAAUUAGUGAGCUUUGUGCACAUGAAAGCUGUGGUGCUGUAUCUCUAUUUAUAGGAACAACUCGUGAUAACUUUCAGCAUAAACAAGUCGUCAAGCUAGAAUAUGAAGCAUACAAUGAAAUGGCAAAAAAGAUCAUGUCCAAGAUAUGUGAUGAUGUGAGACUAAGCUGGCCAGAUGUUCAAAAUAUGUGCAUUUAUCAUCGACUAGGUGAAGUUCCUGUAAAAGAAGCUAGUGUCAUUAUUGCUAUCAGUUCACCACAUAGGCAAACCAGCCUUGAAGCCCUUCCAUUCGCAUUAGAUCAUUUAAAAAAGUCAGUUCCAAUAUUCAAAAGGGAAUAUUAUAAAGACAAUGAAGGAUCCAGUGAAUGGAAGGAGAAUCCAGAAUGCACUUGGUCGAAGAAGAAUAGGCAGUUGAUUGAUGAGCUAUGAGCAGCUAGGAAAUGUUUUAAUGUUGUUAACUUUUAUUAUGUAUGACUAGAUUAGACGGGAAAUGGAAUUAAAAACCAAUUUUAC